AUGCAUCAGUUGAACAUGAGCCUCGCUUCAGUAUUGGCCGUUGCGUUCGGUGUUUUCGUCCUCUACCGAGUUUUUGGUAACGGACCAGCUGUUGUGGUCAGCUUCAAUAGAAUCGAACAACUUUUCGGGGCCGACGUUGCGAACUUCAGUCAACUUAAGCUGGUGCAGUCAUGUUGCGGUGCGCCACCAACCCUGGACGGAAGCUGGCAGCUAAAACAAGAUCUGGACAACAGUUGGAUUUUGGUUACGCAAAUGUUCUACCGGCCACCGGACUACGGUUACGAAGCCUUUCCCAUUCCGAUUAACUUCCGGUCGGUUCCGGUAUGCGAUUAUCUCAACAGUUGCGAUUAUGGUCAGUUUUGGUUCCGAUACCGGUACAAUACGAAUUUUCCGGAACGAGUGCUGGGUCGGUGGAUGUGUCCGCUGCCGAGAGGCGAAUACCAAAUGAGAAUGGCUCCGCUAGGAACUGGAUUUCUUCCCUGGUUUCCAAAGGUGGGAGCCUACCGGUUUGAGUUCCGGUUGAUGCGAGGCGGAGUGUUGCGCAUGAGUGUCGCUCUGUUUUUCGAUGUAGCAAUAGUGCAAUAA